AUGCCUCGCAGCACACCACGAAGACAAGCUAUUCAGGCUGUAUAUGAUGCUUAUGUCUUAAAUCUUAUCACCCAAACUCAGUCUACAAUCAACCAUGAGCUGUAUGGCUCAUCCAAUGGAUCUAACUCUGAUCACUCAUCAUCAUCUGACACUGAUGAAAACCUCGAGAUCACAAAUGCCACUGGUCAGGUAUUCCUGCAGCUAGCCAGUGACCUAUACUCCCAAAGAUAUCUGACAGAUCAGAUCAAUAUCAAUAAAAGUGGACAAGACCUUACUCUCCUCCUCACUGAUUGGAAACUCAAUCACCCCGAAAUCUUCUGCUCAUAUGUCCGAAUGUCUCCUGAGUCUUUCAAUGCACUCCUAGCUGCUAUUCAGGAUGAUCCAAUUUUUCAGAAUAAUUUGCAGAACACACAGGAUCCUAUUGAUCGACAACUUGCAGUUGCCCUGUUUCGCUUUGGCCAUUAUGGCAAUGCUGCCACUGUAACAAAGGUUGCACUGUGGGCUGGCAUUGGAUAUGGUACAGUGAGGUUGUAUACCAACCGCAUCAUGAUUGCAGUGUGUUGGGAUCACUUCUGA